AUUCAGCGGGAACAACUGUGUAAUGGUUUCACAACAUUGAUAAAUUACGACAGAAUUUAAAUCUAAUUACAUCAAGGUUCACAAUGGCAGAAGUCGAGAAAAUCAAUCCAACAGAAGAACCAACAGACAAUCCCUCAAGUACGAGUAACGGGGCUUCAGCUCAAGAUGAAGAAACGUGUACAGCCCAUUUUGAACCAGUUAUCUCCCUUCCAGCUGUAGAGGUUGUCACACUUGAAGAAAAUGAAGAAGAUUUAUUCAAAAUCCGGGCCAAAUUAUUUCGCUUCGACAGUAACUCAGAAUCUCCAGAGUGGAAAGAAAGAGGAACUGGCGAUAUCAAAUUUUUAAAACACAAGAAAACUGGUCUGAUUCGAAUAUUAAUGAGGAGAGAUAAAACAUUAAAAAUAUGUGCCAAUCAUUACGUGUCUCCUGCCAUGGAGUUAAAACCAAAUUGUGGCAGUGACAGAGCCUGGGUGUGGUCAACUACAGCAGAUUUCGCAGACGAGGAACCAAAAGCAGAAUUAUUAGCCAUCAGAUUUGCCAACGCAGAAAAUGCUCAGAAAUUUAAAAGUAAAUUUGAUGAAUGUAAAGAAAUCAUGAGAGAGAUAAAAUCGAAGGAUGCUGGUGACAGCCCGCAGAAAUCCACAGAGAAAGAAACAGACGCGAAAACAAAUGAUAAAUCGGAAAAAGACACUGAAAAAGUUGCGGAAAAAUUAGAGGAUUUAUCAGUGAAAGACGAUAAAAAAGAAAACGGGGAAGGUGAAAAAACUAAAAGUUCCGAAACUAAGUAGCUUGUUGAGUUCUAUCUGUGAUACUUGUACCAGUUGGGAACUGAAAUCUGGAAGUGUAUAGAUACCAGACGAAUACUCUAAUUUGUCAAGAAUUUUAACCGAAAAAUUUAUUGGAAACUG